GUGUGCAUCGCGCCGCACGAUACAUGCGCUUACGCAAAACAUUAUACAUGUUUACUUAACGCGAACUUUAUUAAUAAUAACCCUCGUGUGUCUAACGGCUUGUUUAUGUGAAAAGGCUGUAACAUUAUGCUCAAUAAAAGGAUCAAAGUGUGAAGGGUGUUUAGAACGGCACGGAUUUAACGCGGUCUAUUUUCGACUUGCGUUCACCGUGUUCGAUUAGGCGCCACUCAUUUCGAAGCAAAACAUGCGUGAGCUUGGCCGCGGGGGAUCAAAUGUGGCUGCCACUAUUGCAACGUUGAAUAAUCGUUCGACCAUCGAUGCUAAAUCUCAAUCGGUCAAUACACGGCCAGCUGCCGAGGUGGAGAGGAACGUGUUGCGGUCUCCAAGGAAUAAUAUUUAUGACGAUAGAAUUCGGCGUGCUUCUGGGAUCAGUGAACGUCCCCUGUCAACAGCAUCGGAAACAUCUGAACGCGAUUCGGUCUCCAUUCAAUCUAGCGAGGAACCUCCCUUACAUGAGAGUGGUGACUCGGACAGCCCUGAUGAGACGACGGUAAAAUGUUCUGGAUGGAAAAAUCAAACGGUGCCACCUCAACAUAGUGAUUCCUCUGAAUCCGAUACUUCAACAAGUGAAGAUGACUCUGAUGGUCAGGAAUAUGUGACACGUGAUUGUCGUACUGAUUAUCGGACGCUCACUCCGAAUAGAGCUAUUGAUAAUAGUACACGAUGUGAUGGUGAUUUUAAAUGGUUACAAAGCGGUGAAAUAAUGGACGAUACAGUGGAAAUUCAGUCAUCUGGCGCACGCGGAGAUAAUUACAACUCUGCCAGCUUGGAAAGAAAACGUCGCACGCCAAGCGACCGUGGUGAGCGAGAUCGUAAAACGAGGUCGUCGUUAUCCACAAAACCGCCGCAACAUCCAUCCAGCCUCAGGGUUUCCCCGAGACCAAGGCGUUCACGUGAUGAGGAGGCCCAACCAGACUUACAGCGACGCUGGAACUCCUACGAGCAGUUCCGUUGGCCGGAAGGUGGUUGGUGGCCUCCGAUGUGCUGGUGUCAUGGGCCGCCGCCUCCACCACCAUGCUGCAUGCAUUCUGAACACUCUUGGCCGUCGCACCCGUCUCUUGCGACACUGCCAUCGCGUCCGUACAAGAAUGACGCUGAAGAUCGUGUGCGUCGCCUGGAGUCGGACAAAGACAGUUUGCAGCUGCAAGUUCAGGUGCUGUCAGAGCAGAUCACAGCGCAGACUGAAAAAAUGGCUGACCUAGAGCGAACACUACAUGACGCAAGACAAAGACUGGAUGACACUGAACAGAGGCUACAGAAGGAAAUGCUGCAACGGUCGUCACUAGAAACACAGAAGUUGGAGUUGUUAUCAAAGUUAAGUGAAGUGAGAUUACGGGCAGCGGAAAGGGGUGUCUUAGAGCGGUCACCACCGCCUGACACCACGCCCAUCGCUAGACCGGCUCCUCCGAGGACUCCGCCAGCAAACUACGGGCGUCAAAUCGAGCGUAACACGCACUUGUAUUCCUCCCUACCACGGUCGUCUGUGCUUCCGUCCUCGACAGUGGAGGCGCGAAUGGCCUUCGGUAAAAACAACAUGGUGGUGGCGCGUGGAAAGGGUCACUCCGUACCCAAUUUAGCGGAAAAAGAAGAGGCAUUACCACGUGGCAGCCCAUCUCCAUCAUUACGGGAAGUGCGAGCCAGACUUGGCAGUGGCGGAGUGAGGUUGGAAGGAGAUGAGCUCUCACGAUCAUCGCUAAGGGCGUCUGCGCCUAGACAGCGGACGCAGAAUAUGCCCUGGCAGACGACCGAUGUUCGCCAAUGGGACUGUGAAACCACUUGUGGUUGGCUGGAACACCUUGGUCUAGAGAUAUACGUGCCAACCGCUAGAACUUGGCUCGGCGCGUCUGAUGCGAAGGGAGUUAUUGCUGCAGCAUCACAACAGGCCAUAGAGAAGGAAUUGGCCAUCAAACAUCCCAUGCACAAGAAAAAGAUUGUGCUGGCAUUGACUGAUCUCUUGGGAGGGCAUGGCGACCCAUUACUAACGGCGUCGGGUCGUCUCGAUAGCGCAUGGGCGUUGCGUUGGCUAGAAGACGUGGGCGUAUGCGGCGCACGUGCCGCGGCUGCUGAAGCGGCCCUCGACGCCAGGCUUCUGCAUCGGCUUACGCACUCCGACCUUUAUACGCAUUUGAGGGUCACGCACGCCUUACACGCGUUGUCGAUAAGGAGAGGAAUCCAAGUACUCCGAGACAACAAAUUCAACCCGGAAACAAUGAUACGUCGUGCAGCUGAGAGUGAAGUCUCCCUAGUCGGAGCCGAGUUGACGGAAAAUGAGAGUCAGGGUGGGAGUACUCCAGCAGGGGAAUUGGCCAGGUGGUCUUCUCACAGGGUGAUGCAGUGGCUGAAGGAGAUAGACUUGGCUGAGUAUGCGCCUAAUUUGAGGGGAGCAGGUGUUCACGGCGGCCUGAUGCUGUUGGAACCCCGUUUCACAGCCGAGCUUUUAGCUGCCUUACUGAACAUCCCCGCAAAUAAGACUCUACUUAGACGACAUCUUACUCAAAGAUUCAACGAUCUCCUAGGCCGAGAUGUGAUUCAGCAGAAACGGAAUGCGGAGCAAACCUUAGGAUAUCAGCCACUCACAGCUACAACCAAAUACAAGGUGCCAAAGAGGAGUCAGUUCUCCCUGAAACGCAAGAAGAGUCGCGAUGACAUGGAAUUAGGCGAACUGGUGUGUCCGCUACACGACGACUGCUCAGGUGACGCUAAACCCACGACGAAAGCAAACUCAGCAUCGGACGUCGAGUCGGGUGUUUGUCCCCCGCGUGACGUCACACGCGGACACUAGCGCCCGCUACUCGGAUCCGCGCUCGCGAUACACGCGGCUUCGGAGACCGUGCUAUAAAGAUCACACCACUCAAGACUCUGUAAUUUCGACUAUAUUGCCUUGUGUUUAGGUAUAAUUUUGAUUCAUAAAAACUAAAUCUCUCGUCUCUUUCUAUAUAAUUGUUUCUGCUGUGUUGAAAAGAGACAGCAAUAAGAAUUAGUUUUUAUGGAAAAUACUUUCGUAAUAUGUUAAUGCUGACUUCUGACAUUUCACUACAAAUUAAUUUAAUUAACAUUUCUCGUGACUAUUUAUUUAUUGAAAAUUCAAUUCUUUGGAUGAACUGACGUCAAAUACAGACUCGCGAACCUCAAAUUGUUGUUUAUGGUAUAUAAGGUGACAAACAUUUAAUAACAAUUUAAGGUUUUGCUGAUGAUUUGAUAUAACUCUUAGUUUUGUAAUACUCUAAUAUGGACGGAUUGUUUGAAACUUUUCCAUAAAUCUUUGUUAAACAAGCGUAUACGCGUAGAACCUUUAUAUAAUUUUCUGGAAGAUUUGGACCUUAAAUGUUAUCGUUAAUUUGAGAGAGUUUUCAAUAUUUUUUUUAAUACUGUUCUAUGCGUAUACGCAAUCAGUUCAAAAUGUACUGAAUCUAUACUACGAAAAUUAAAUUUCAGUAUCAAUUAUUUUGUCGUCGAUUAAAUCCAAGAUAUAAAAAUGCAACAACUUUCAAAACACAACUUUUAUUUUGUCUUUAUAUAAGUUCGAUUAAGGGUUUUUAGAUUUUUUUAGAAGUUUUAAGAAAAAGCUAUUAAAAAUAAACUGUAUUAAAUUAUGAGAUAUAAAAGCAUUCGGUGCUGAAGCCAAAUAUAAUUUUAAAUUGGUUUUUAUUUUAAGUUACUGCUAUCGGCACAAAUCUCUUCAAGAAAUAGACAUUCCACAAUAGUGUAUGCAAUAUUUUAAUAACAUCUUUACUGUAAUUUAUAUUGAGUUUGCAAAAUAAUGUAUAGUACUCUUGAUGCUUAUAGGAUCGUCAUCAUAACUCAAAAUCUAUAUUGUACUACUGCAACAACGAACUUUUUUGAAAAAUAAUAGAACACGACCAAUAGACUAUAAACUAAAAGUCAAAUUAUGUAUAGGCUAAACAAUAUUGAAUCUGUGGUCGAAAUCAUGCUCCAAAAUAGACAAAACAUUAAACCAACCACUCUUAGUAUGUUCAUAAGGCUGUAACACAACUGACAAAAUUUACUUUACUAUUUCUGGGUACUGUCAAUAAAAGAAAAAUCUUCGCAAAUGUACUUAUAAGUAGUUAGAAAAUGACUGAUAAAGGACAAUAUUAAACUGGUCUCGUUCUAUUCGCUGCUAUUUAUUACAUAGUUACUGGUAAAAUUUGUUAUAAGUACUUUAAGAAUCAGAGACAAGUCUGAACUUAGCCAUCUAUCAAAAUCCUAUAAUUUGUACUUGUCUUUCAUUCUUAAUAGUUCAGGGUGGAGAUGACAUUUAUAGUCAUAGUUGGCGCCAAACCAGUUCGUUUGACAACUUCGAGCUGUCACAACUAAUU